AUGGCGCUGUCAAAGAGACUGAACCGAUCCAAGCACAAUUCGGGAAAUUGCUCCUACUGCAAGAUCAAUUUAAAGAAAAUGAGGGUAAUCUCAAGAUCCAACUUGGAUAUUGGAGAUGGCAUCUGGACAAUCACAAAAAAUACGACUUCAUUUGACGCCGGAAAUUUGUCGGAUUCCGUCGCCUGUGGCGAUCUACCUGAAGAGGACGGAGGUGUUGUGGGUAACUCACGGUAUUUCCGUCGCUCAGCCUCACCAGAGCUCCAAGCCUCUCCAUUUGUUCCUCAACAAGGACGCAUCCAUGCGCCAACACCUCCUCGACCUCCGCAUCGUCGGUACCUCCUCGACCUCCGCUCCGCGGCUGGAAGAAUCUGGACUUCUGAACGAGUCGCUGCUAUCACGGAGCAAUUAUUGGGAUUACAUAUGCCGUUGCUUUGUCCCGACGACGCCGUUGUUGCGUAUACUUGGAAGCGGCAGCUCGCCGGCCAAGCUGGCGUGUCUGCGGUUGACAGGACCAGGUUAGCUCUCAAGGCCUUCACUGAUCAGAAAAGGCAUGAUCAAUGUUUUAGGUUACCUCCAGUUUGUCGUCCUUAUUGGCAGUUCACCACAUCGAAAGCGUUAUCAAAUUUGAAUGUUUCCGGGGCUUACCAUGUGGGUUGUUUCUCAGAGGAAUUGUGAUCUCCACUGAUGACAGGGAGGCAGCUACAUACAUGCAAGAGGUUUUUCAAUUUAUCAUGUCUAUAAGCUUAUCACGGAACAUGCUGCUAUUGCCUUGCAGUAUUUCAUUGGAUUUCGAGCUGAAACAGCUCUACAUUUGUCUUUUGGUACCA